AUGCUCUUCACCAACAUCGCCACCGCCGCCCUUGCCGUCCUCGCUGUCCUGGCGCCCUCUGCUCUCACAGCACCCGCCCCUGAGGCCGUCGGAGUCGAGGUCCCAGUGGCCGAAGUCGCCGCUCGAGCUCCCGAAGACAUCAUGGCACGAGAGAUCGAUGAACUUCCCACCCGGGAAGUCGAAGAGGUCAAAGCCAGAGACUUGGAGGACCUCGAAGCCCGCCAGGCCGGCACCGUUACUCUGCAGCUCUUUGCCACCAACACGUGCAACUCGGGCUCCGGCGGGCCCCAUCGAACUUACAACCGUAACCAAUGUGUUGCGCUUGCUGCCCACACUCGUGGAAUCAAAGUUAUCCGCGGCCCUUGCUUCAGUGAGCCAUCUUGUCGAGGAGGUCUGCGGAUCCAUGCUGACAACUGCGAAACAGUUCAUACUUACGAGGACGGGACUUGUGGCAAGAACCCGAGGACCUUUAAGGGUUGGUUCUGUCUCAACACUCAGACGCAGCCUCGGUGGUCUUUCAAGGUGGUGUGUUAG